GUUUAUGUGUGGAGAGCUGGCUGCGGGCGCUGCUGCUUUACUGCACGCUGCCUCCUGCUGUUUAAACUAUUCAGCUUGGGGUGAAAUGUUUUCUAGUAAUUUGUGAUUUCGUGUUUAUUACGUGCACGGAGUUCCGGGAAGAGGAUUCCGCUAGACCAGUCUCCCAGUAAAACCAGUGCAGAUGGAGGUCAGUGUCUCCGUGUCGCUCUUUGAAGACGAGCUCGCCUCUGCCGUCGAGCUCGCAGUGAAAGCGGCUGUGGACUCCGUCUUGUGUGCGGUUACUAAAGCUGUCGGCAGCAAAUUCACUGAAUUCCGAGUGGAAAUGACUGGAAAGGAGAAAGAGAUUGAAAGUCUGAAGCGGAGAUUGGAAAUAUCAGAGAGCGAGCUGAGAGCCGUGCGAGGGUGUGGAAACACUGCAGAUACAGACAUCAAACACGCUUUCAUAUUUCAGGAUCCCAAAGAGAGCUACGCCAUCCCUCAAUCUGAAGCACAAGAGGGGCCAAAGGUAGAAGCAGUUUCCACACAAGAGGAGUCCUUUGACCAGAAGUGCUGUGCAAGCCUAAUGCAGGUUACAGAGCUGACAUUAAUUAAAGAUGAAGAGGUCCCGCAACAGGAAUGUGUUCCUAUUAAAGAGGAAUUCAUAGAGCAGGAAUAUGUCUCCAUCGCAGAGGAACUUCCUCAUGAAAAUAAUGUCUGUACACUUGGGGAGAACAAGAAGCUGGGAUCCAGCCUGUGUGAUGAUUCUCCAUCAGAAUGUGAACUGGGAUGUAGAGGUUCUAAAGUAGAUGAAGGAAAACACGACUCCACUCCAUCAACCCAGUGCAAAAACGCUUCUAGUUGCAAACCACAGUGGAAGAAGCACAGAGAAAUGACACCCCAAGAAGAGUAUGUGAAGACAUUGAGGACUCACUCAGUUAAAAUUCCUUCUUUACAAGACAGACCCCCUCUUACUGUGGAGAGUACAGAGACACCACAUUCUGCAUGUUCUAACAGUUCUGAAACCCAGGGCAACUUGAAGACCUUGCCUUAUUCUAUUAAAGGUGGGAAGAAUUCCUGUCAGUUAGACGUUCCUGAAACUCACAAGGGAAAUCCCACAGGAGGGACUACAUUUUCCUGGGCUGAUUGUGGGAAGAGUUUCAAUCAUAUGUCACUGUUUAAAAGACACCAGCGCAUUUACACAGGAGAGAAGCCUUCCCACAUACAGUCCAAUGAUAAGAGUUUCACACAGUUAGGGAAUCUUCAUUCACACCAGCGCAUUCACAUGGGAGAGAAACCUUAUCACUGUGCUGUUUGUGGGAAGAGAUUCAAUCACUCAGGAAACCUUAAAACCCACCAGCGCAUUCACACAGGAGAGAGACCUUAUCACUGUGAUGUUUGUGGGAAGAGAUUCAGUCAGUUAGGAGACCUUAAAAAACACAAGCGCAUUCACACAGGAGAGAAACCUUAUCACUGUUCUGUUUGUGGGAAGAGAUUCAGCCAGUUAGGACACCUUAAAAGACACAAUAAAAUUCACACAGGUGUGUAAUCCUAUCCCUGCUCUUUUUGUGAACAAAAGUUAAGUCAGUUGCUGGCUCUUGCAGGACUUGAGAACAUUCUCAGAAUUGCAGACGCUUGAGCACACCUAAACAACAGGAGUGCGUUUGACUAAAUACAGUGUUAUUUACUGAAAACAAAAGAAUAAGCUUGCUUGAUAAAUAAGGUCACUCUUAAUCACAAUUUGUUCAGAGCAAAAACUCACAGACUAAAAAUAUUAACAACUGCAUCUGUAUUCAUCAUCUUGUUGAGCUUUCUGAUUUUGUUAUAUCACAUUAGUAAUAUAUUAAACAGAUUGUAUUAUGAA